CAGACCCAGGGAAAGGGAGAAGACAGACAGUGAUGUUCUGCAGGAAUGAGUGCCACCCCUCACCUGGGUCUCAGAGUAAAGCAGCAACUCUGUUUCAACUCUAAAAUAUCUGUUUUCUGCUGUAGUACUACCACAGAUGUUCAGCUUCACUGAACCUUGUCUGGGAAAACCCAUCUGUAAGCAGUGUGCCUUCUGUUCAUGUUGCAAGUGCUCCCUGCUUUCCGGAACUGCAGGGUAGAUGCUGUUGUUAUAUGGCUGUGAAAUCAGGGUAAACCAGGUCAGAAAUAUGAAGAAGAUUUUAUCGGAAUAAUCCAGAUAUAAUAGUGGAGGGAGAUGGGAAAGGACUUUUAUCUUGGAUGGAAUUAGACUAAACUGAAAAAAGUGUAACUUCACGCAGCUUGCUGUUAAGCACCAAAGCAUUAUGUUGUAACAGUAAUGCUUGGGAAGUACUGCAAUAUGCUGGAAUACUACAAAACGUAGCUCACAGAUGCAAAAGUUUUUAAAGGCUCGUUAACAUGUGAAAAAAAUAUAGGGGAAGAUAAGGUUCUGUGCUUUUGCUUAAAAGCUUUGUAUACAUGAUAAUGCUGAGCUGAAAGUAGUUGCACUUAAAAAGUCCUUGCAGUAGCUGUAGCAUUUGUGCAACUCUUACUCUGCUGUUGCUGUAAGGAAAACACAGAAGCUGCACAUUUUGCUCAGAUAAUAAUUCUCUCAGGGAGUGCACGUAUAAAAGCAGGUCACAAGAAACUUGGAAGUAGGAGACCCUCUCAACCCUUCUACAGAUAAGCACUGCGUAAAGAGGAGAAGUCACUCUACUGAAUGACUUGUGUAAUAAGUAUGGUCCUAUAAAAAAAAAAAAGGUAUUUCUCAUAGCUGCCUUCCUGGUUUGUAUAAAAGGCUGAAAAGUUCUUCUAAGAAUGAACCUCGCGCCUACACUAGAAAUCUCACAUUAGGCAUUUUGUGGAUUGUUGGAGACUCCACUAGAGAAGGAUAUGUGCUUUUAAUAGGUUAAUUGCUAACUUGUCUUGACUUGUAUUCAAGGAUAUGUUGUGAGCACUUGGUUUCUCCUAAAUAGCUGAAAUGCUGCUUAAUUGGGAAACUCUCAAUCAUUUCUUAGAUCAGUUCAUACACUGGCAUUCUUGGAAAUCCUUAAUUGUAAACACUCUUUAAAAGGAAGCUUUUAAAGGCACUGAAGCUAAGCUAUUUUUGUGUGUUGCUAAACUCAAGUGUUAACCAAUAACGUACUGUCUUCAGUUCCAGCUGGGAAGGUUCUGUAACAGCUCUUGUAUGCUGUGAUACACCAUUAAGAAGCAACACAGUUCCACCAAGUGAGAAGAGUGAUGACCAUCCUUUUCUUUACUAUGGUUAUCUCAUACUUCACUUGCAUGAAAGCUGCCCCGAUGAAAGAAGCUAGUCUAAGAGGACAAGGCAGCUUGGCUUACCCAGGUCUUCGGACCCACGGGACUCUUGAGAGCAUAAAUGGGCCCAAUGCUGGUUCAAGAGGACUGACAUCGUUGGCAGAUACUUUUGAACAUGUCAUAGAGGAGCUUCUAGAUGAGGACCAGGACAUCCAGCCCAGUGAGGGAAAUAAGGAUGCAGACUUGUAUACAUCCCGAGUCAUGCUAAGCAGUCAAGUGCCUUUGGAACCCCCACUGCUCUUUCUGCUCGAGGAGUACAAAAACUACUUAGAUGCUGCAAACAUGUCCAUGAGAGUCCGGCGCCACUCUGAUCCAGCUCGCCGUGGGGAACUGAGUGUGUGUGACAGCACGAGUGAGUGGGUGACAGCAGCAGAGAAAAAGACUGCAGUUGACAUGUCUGGGGCGACUGUCACAGUCCUGGAAAAAGUUCCAGUACCCAAAGGCCAGCUGAAGCAAUACUUCUAUGAGACCAAAUGCAACCCUAAGGGGUACACAAAAGAGGGCUGCAGAGGCAUAGACAAGAGGCACUGGAACUCUCAGUGCCGAACUACCCAGUCUUACGUGAGAGCUCUCACCAUGGAUAAUAAAAAGAGAGUUGGCUGGCGCUUUAUAAGGAUAGACACUUCUUGUGUAUGUACAUUAACCAUUAAAAGGGGAAGAUAGUGGAUUCAUGUUGUAUAGAUUAUAUUGAGACAAAAUUAUCUAUUUGUAUAUAUACAUAACAGGGUAAAUUAUUCAGUAAAAAAAAAAUUUUAUGGACUGCAUGUAUGACUGAAGUUUAUACAGUACAGUGGUUACACAGUCUAUUUAUUGAACAUAUCCAUGACCUGAAGGGGAACAAUAGUCAUUUGCGCACAAGUUCAAACAAACAAACAAAACAAAACAAACAAAAAAAAAAAAAAACCAAGGAAACAAAAAAGUCUGCAUUACAUUCCUCCAUAACAUUGUGGUUUGUCGCCGUUGCCAAGAAUUGAAAAUACAAAAAAUUAAAAAAAAAAAAAGAGAAUAAAAUUGCAUGCUGCUUCAAUUGUGAAUUAAUGAUAAACUGUCCUCUUUCAGAAAAAUAAAUUGAACCAAAACAUUCUGUUUACAUUUUAGACAGUAAGUAUCUUUAGUCUGUUAGUAUAUAUGUUUACUGCUUCUAACUUCUGAUAGCGUUGAAAUUAAAACAAUGUCAAGGUGCUGUUGUCAUAGUUUUACUGUUUCUCUUUUACUUUUGAACUCCCAUUAGAUUGAAAAAGAAAAAAAUCAUUACCUUAUUCUGGAUUAGAAAAAAAAUUUGGUUUUUGUAUGUUGUGAAGGUGUUUGCAAUAGCAGUCCAGCUACUGACAAAAAUAAUAAAAAGAGGCAACUGAAAAUGAAUGGUGAUGUUCCACUUCACAUUGUUGAACUUCAGGCUUAAAGACAAUACUUAUUUAACUGUAUGGCAACAUUCUUUUUUAGUUUUUUGGGGGGGUGGUUUGUUGUUGUUGGGUUUUUUUUGUUGCUUUUCUUUUUCAGUUUUCAUUCUUUUGAGCCAUGCAUUUGCUUAUACCACGUUUGCUUGUGUUUGAGAAAUUUUUCUUCCCCCUUUUCUCCCUCUGGAAGGACAUUGGUUGUGAUCUUUAGGUAUUUUGCUUACCAUAGAACUGGAGCUUGUCACAUAAAGAAUAUUCAAUAGUGUUCAGAGCCAUUAUUUUCAUAUAAUAAAAGACUGUGCUUGUAUUAAGUGUCGUUGUGAAGCACAGUGAGAGUGUCACUAGAAACAGGGUCUAGACAAGAUUAUGGUAGAUCUGAAAUCGGGUUGGUUGGGUGACUUAAUAGCUCAGCCAGGUUGGGAACAGUGAUUUGGGUUGACUGAGGCCAUCCCAACUGCAGUCAUUACUGAAUGUCGUCCUGUGUUUUAUGUUAGAGACCAAGAGCUUGGCCAUGUACAUGGAUGCCCUUCCCCUCCAGAGCAUGCCAGCAGCCCCAGGCGUGCAAAGCUGGUGGGCAAACUCUGGGGAAUCUCUGCUUGAAGAAGCCCUGGAAACUAGCUUGGGAAUGAGACAGAAAGAAGUGCUGCUUCUAGUAGAAAGCAAUUAGCAUUGUGUUUGUGUGGCUCUACCUCUGCUGUCAGACUUAAUUUAUGAAACAAAUAUUGGCACUAAAAAACCACUCUUAAAGUGAAUGAAGAGCAAGUACUGAGGAGUUGGCUUAACUUGCUUAGGUUCUGAGAGACAUGUUCAGCUCUGCAUUCCCCCCUCUCCUGAUAGAAGUAUUGUUAAAAAGGUGGGUUGUAAGGCUGAGAGCUGUGCUUGCACUGGCUUCAGUGGGCUGAGAACAAAAAUAGCUUGUUAGUAAGCCCACUGAAAGCUGAUGCUUAUAUUUGUAAUUCCUGUAGAUUAAAAAAAAAUAGCUGGACAAGUAGGAGAAUACAGCAAAAUAUAAUCUGCUUCUGAAUGCUGUAGAAUCUGUGUUUAUUAAAACUUCAGGCAAAGCUUAUGGAAAUAUGUUGGCCCCAGUAAUGCUCUUUGAAGAGCAUAUUUAACACUGAUUUUAUGUAAUCACUGGUGGAAACCCAUGCUGGAAGCUAACAGGCACUUUCACAUCAGUGAUUUUGUCUACUUCAGGUAGAAGGGUAGCCCAUUCCUGAAGAUAACUGGCUAUCAAUGGGCCAGUUGCAGUGGCCAUCUGCACACCAGACUGUGAGUGAGAAGAGAGGGUUAUGUGACCCACCUGAACCUCAAACUUCAGCCCUCCCUAUUGAUCGCCGAUGGGGAUUUCCCACACAGAAAAAAAAGCAAAAACAAAAACAACCCAAAACCUUAUUGAAAUUCUCAAAACUUAUCUAAGAUUCUUUAUGCAAAUUAAAUCAUAGAAUCAAAGAAUAUUUUGUGUUGGAAGGGACCUUAAAGAUCAUUUAUAUUAUGGGCAAGUACACCUUCCACUAGGCCAUUUCAUUCCCCUGGGGCCAGUACCUGUGUGUGUCUUGUAAUUUGCAUUUAAUUAACCCAGCAUCACUCAGAAGUUAUUCUCAGCAAUACUCCUAAUCUGCAGCAAAGAAGCGGUGUAAUGUUGGCUUAUCUAAAAACAAGGGUUGGUUGCUUUUAAGUAAAGGAUGAUACUGAUGUGUGAACAACAAACAAAUCACUCAUCGAGACUGGAAAAAAAAGAUAGCUAGGAUCUGACAGUAGUCUAGUUCAGAUACAGGAAUAAAAUAACUCCUAGUUCAAAGAAAUCCAAAAGAGAAGUGUUAAUGCAUGAAUCAUGCUAGAAAUAAAGUUCCUUACUUCCCAAAGUUAACUAUGGCUAUAUCCUUUACUUAUAAAUCCUCACCUGGCACAGUAAAGGUGGUGCAGGUGUGGCACAAUUAGAACGUGGUAGGUUCAGAAGGGUAAAGGACAGUCCAUGUAGCUGGGGGGGACUACGGGAUAGAGCUGGGAACCUAGAGAACUGUGUCUAGUAACUACACCCAGAGUGAUAUUUCCCAUAGCAUGCCAAUUCUGUACUUAUCAAUAUAAGGUUAAUGUGGUAAUUAACCUGCAGUCCCAUGGCUCUCCCAUGCCUGACCUUUUACAUCCAUGGUCACAGGCUGGGCUGAUUUAGUUAACACAGAGAUGGAGAGGGGAGUGUUGGUUUUUCUUCAUAUCACUUAAUUAAACUCUUGCUGUGGUCUGUUUGUGACAGAAGUAUAUCAUGCAUCUCAGCAGGCCUAGUACUGUGUUAAAGACUCUUGCAACUGUAAGUUCAUGUCUGUGGCCUUGUUCUCUAUUAUUCAUCUUGUGUAACAUGAAUAUUUAUUGUAUAUUUAUAUAAUUUUAUGGUUUUUUGGGAAAAUACUGAAAUUGGCAUUAAAAUUUAAAAGCAACUGCGUCAUAUUGUAAAUAUAAUUAAGCUAUAUUUAAGUGUACUGAUUUAACAUAAUAUAUGUUUAACUAGAGUUUUUUAUGUUUUUAAAUAUAUUUUCGAAAUACAUAUAUAUAUAAAAAUGGG